GCGGUGCACGCAGGGCGAGUCCACCGCCUGGUGGAUCUGGAGGAAUCGGAUGUGACUUUUCAGGCAGAGCCGGUAACUCCCCGGUGAGCGCGGCUCACUUGGCAUUGUGUGGAGGGGCUCUGUUUGCAAAAGCCCUCAUUUGUGAGCAGCGAGGACCGGCCCGGAAGGUCUGCCGGGAUGCCGGCUAAUGGACACAGGGUACCUGAGUUCCACUAGUAUUGUCAACAGCCUCGGGGACAAAGCCAGACCGCGAGUGGAGUUGGCUUCCACCACUUCAGACCGUCGGGGCUGCUUCCAGAGCCGUUUGUUCAUCCCCUGUCAUAAGACACAUUGGGCUCGUUGCAUCUCCUGGGCUCUGUGGCCGCUGUGGGACAGUAUCUGAUCUCCCACACAGAUGACAGAAUGGGACACCUGUGUACACAGCAGUUGCACUGUGCCAGAUGAGACAAGGCUGCCAGCAGAAGGCUCUAUGCAAAUGCCACACCAUCAUGCUGGGGAAUGGGCCUCUGGAGUUUGGAACCUGUCCUUCAGGAUACCAGGGGAUGACUGCACACUGGUGGCCACCCUGUGUCCCUUCCCCAUAUCUGUCCUGCUGAGGAUGCCGGGCUGUGACGCAGCCCUGUCUGAUCACACAUGACACUGCAGACCAUGGUUCUCCCUGAGAUCUGAGCUGGAUUUGUGAGUUUGGAGAAUCCCUGCAACUCUGUAACUUCAGCGGCAUCGGCUGAAAAGGUCACCAUUCAAGAAUUCCACACUUUGCUGUUCGCCUCUUGUAACUGUGUGCCAAAGAAGGACUCCAUGAAAGAUGACAGAGGAAGUCAUCGUCAUAGCCAAGUGGGACUACACUGCCCAGCAGGACCAGGAACUUGACAUCAAGAAGAACGAGCGCCUGUGGCUGCUGGAUGACUCCAAGACGUGGUGGCGGGUGCGGAACGCUGCCAACAGGACGGGCUACGUGCCGUCCAACUACGUGGAGCGCAAGAACAGCCUGAAGAAGGGCUCGCUGGUGAAGAACCUCAAGGACACUCUGGGCCUCGGCAGGACUCGAAGGAAGCCCAGUGCACGGGACACGUCCCCGACACCCAGCACGGAUGCCGAGUUCCCAGCCAAUGGUGCGGCCGACCGUAUCUACGACCUCAGCAUCCCAGCCUUCGUCAAGUUCGCCUAUGUGGCCGAGCGUGAGGACGAGCUGUCCCUGGUGAAGGGCUCUCGUGUCACCGUCAUGGAGAAGUGCAGUGACGGCUGGUGGCGGGGCAGCUUCAACGGGCAGGUGGGCUGGUUCCCAUCCAAUUAUGUCCUGGAGGAAGUGGACACGGCAGCCGCAGAAGCCCCCGGGAUGCCCGGGCCGCGCAGGGCCCCUGGCUUGAGCCUUACUCGGGGCACGCUGCACGUGGUGCAGACCCUGUACCCCUUCAGCUCGGCCACCGAGGAGGAGCUGAACUUUGACAAGGGCGAGACCAUGGAAGUCAUUGAGAAGCCCGAGAACGACCCCGAGUGGUGGAAGUGCAAAAAUGCGCGGGGCCAGGUGGGCCUGGUCCCCAAGAACUACGUGAUGGUGCUGAGCGACGGGCCAGCCCCGCACCCUGCGCCCACCUCACACCCCGGCUUCUCGGGGCCCUCGGCCAGCGGGCACUUUGCGGGCCGUGAGUGGUACUACGGCAGCGUGACACGCCACCAGGCCGAGUGCGCACUCAACGAGCGGGGCGUGGAAGGUGACUUCCUCGUCAGGGACAGCGAGUCUUCGCCCAGCGACUUCUCCGUGUCUCUCAAAGCAUCAGGGAAGAACAAGCACUUCAAGGUGCAGCUGGUGGACAAUGUCUACUGCAUCGGGCAGCGGCGCUUCCAUAGCAUGGAUGAGCUGGUGGAGCACUACAAGAAGGCACCCAUCUUCACCAGCGAGCAUGGCGAGAAGCUCUACCUCGUCCGGGCUCUGCAGUGACAGCGGUGGCUGCGCCCCCAGCUCCAGGCCCUCCCAGCCACUUCGCCCGCUGCCCAGCCAGCAGCGCAGUCUGUCUUUCUGUCCGGCUUGGGUAGUCUCUCGCCCACCACCCCAGGCCUCCCAGCCCCCAUUGGGAGCUGCACCAGGGUGUCCUGGUGCUGGGGCUCACUGUCCCCGCCACGGCAUCGGGCAGCAGUGAACCAGUGAGCUGAGCUGCACAGGCUUAGUCGGUGCUGUCCCGAGCUGCGGCCUCCCCUGCCACCGGGCAGCCGACGCCAGGCCCGGUGUCCACAGACGCUCCCGGGCUCCCGGCUGUGCAGGGGGACCCGGGGUGAUAGCAAUACUGGAACCCGGUGAGGCGGCCUGGGGAAGCUGCCAGUGCCUUUGAGGCUGCGCGUGCAAUAAGAGUUUUUCCUGAGAGUCAGUCUGUGCGCGCGGAAACCCAUGACACGGAAAGACAUGUUGGCGAUUGACCCUAGUCGUGCCAUCACAGUGCUUUCUCCUCUUGCCCUUUGGCUUGUUUGAAUUUCACAAUUAUGUAUUUAAUUCUCAAAGUAAUAUGUAUCUGUAGCUGUUUGUGGACACUAAUAGCAGAUGAUUAAGGAAAAGAGCUGAUCUUUGGGAAGGGAAGCUAUCCAUACUUUAUACACACACUAUACAUAUAUAUAUAUAAUAUGUGCAUAUUAUAUAUAUAUUAUUUGCUUUACAGGGAAAUUUUUUCAGGGUUUACAAGAGAAUAUGUGAUCAGUAGAAAGAGACACACAGAAUGUUUAUUAAGAAAUUGAAUUUUCUUUUUUCUUUACAUUUGAACUUCUUUAUAGUUGAAAUAUACAGUCCUGAGGUGGCACACUCCUACG